ACUCUUUGAAUAUCCAUUGAGAGCCGUGGAUCGGAAUUUGUUUUAUCGAUUUUUUGUGUUGCACCGGCGGCAACUCUGAUUGUUGAAAAGAAAUGGACCCUUACAACGGUUAUAUGGCAGAAACUUCAGAAGCAUACUUUUGGGCUCUUGAACUGGCCCCUCAGAAGAAGGAAACCUUUAUCGUGAACCCCGAUCACGUACUUCACCUCACCAUGGCUUCAUUUGGUACCAAAUUGGUAGAAAAAGACAGAGCUCCUAUUUCCAUGCAAGUCAAAAAUGAAACGUUGGAAAUGCCUGAGGGAGAUGCAAAAAAGGUUACUAACUGCACCCUUUGUGUGUUGCUACCCGGUGUUAUGGAAAGUAUACCUUUGAACGUGAUACUUUCAGAUUCGACCGAUGUAACUUUUACAAAUAAUUCAAAAUCCAAUACGGUUUAUCUUACUGGUUAUAUGACGGUAGAAGACUCGUUUGGUGGUUAUGAAGGUUCAAGUGAUGAGGAUUUUGAAGAAGAAGAAGAAGAAGAUAGCGAAGAAGAUAACGAGGAGGAACAAAAGAUUCCAGUGAAGAAAGAAGAAGAUAAAGUUCAGAAACAGGGCAACGUAUUGAAGGGUGCGAAGCAAACUCCCUCAUUGCCUCAGAAGAAACAGGGAAACAAGGAAGAAGAGGAAUCGGAUGAAGACGAUAUUUUUAUGGAAGAAGACCUCUCUGACGACUUUGACUUGGGAGAAGAUUCCGAAGAAGAUGAGGAAGAAGAGUCAGAUGAAGAAGAACUUCAACCAAAGGCAACUAAUCAGAGAGCGAAAGUUGGACAGAAAAGAAAUGAACCAACUGGAAACGAAGCAAAGCAAACAAUGAAUAAGAAGACCAAUACGCCACAAAUGACUCCUCAGCAAGCCAAUCAAAAGAAACAGAACAAUGUUUCGCAAAAUGCGCAACAAACUGCAGCCAGUGGGAAUCAAACAACUCCCAAUUCUCAACAAAAGUUGACUCCUUCACAAAAGAAAAGAUUGCGGAAGAAGAGAAAGAAGAUGGAAGGAAAGUCAAAGGCUGACGGGUCUUCUUAGAGUUGCUUAGGGUUUCUUAGCAGCAAACUUGUUUGUUGUAUUGUGUUGCAUGAUUUUUGUGUGGUUUUAGAUAAAGAUUUCUUUUUUACUUUUUAUGCCUCCUUGCACGAUGUUGUU